AUGCCAAAGGGAGGAAAAAUCGGACAAAAACAGUCCGUUCUGAAAAGAAGUUGUCGAAAAAAGAUACCAAAAUUCAAGGGAGUCCAAAAGCAGAAGAAACUUCCCGUGGAAGUUGCGAGAAAUUCUGCUACAGAAAUCACGUUUGUCGGUGAAGAUGAUAUUGUGAGCGAGCAAAUUCCACCGCCCGCUGCUUCGGCGUCAUUUAGAAAACUUGCUGUCGAAUGCACAGAAAGCUCUUCGGAUGAAAGUAUGGAUGCGAAAGGUGAAAUACCAGAAGGAUACCGGCUUGUGUCCAUUAAUAGUCUUGUGGAAUUUGCAAGAAGGAUUCAUUCCAAUUCGCCAUGUUCUUCCGGUGAGAUAAUUAUUUGUUCUUUCGCAAUUUACGUUGUAUUCAUCAUAAAAUGUGGUUCUUUAUUGCUUUUCUCAUCUUGUGUCGUUAUCACUAAGUUAUUUCUUUAUUUUUGAUGUUGUAGACCAUCUAGAACUUCGAGAAAUAAGCACAAGCCGAUUUGGCCUCAGUAGCAGCUUAUAUGCUGUUUGUGAUGAUUGUGGUCUGUCGGAAUUUCUGGCCACCGGUGAUCAUAAUCCCUCCGACAAUGCCCCCAGAACUGUGCAGGGAAAAGAUUUAAAUCGGAGAGUGGUUUACGCUGCCGUUGAGAUGGGAAUUGGCAGAGAAGAUGUUUCCAAGUUUUGUGAAAUAUUGAAUAUGCCUUUUUCCUUGAGCAAAGAUACCUGGCAUAGUCAUGAGGAUGCCUUGCUUCAAGCUCACACUGAAGUUGUCCAGGUUGAAUUGGAGAAAAACAGAAGGGAAGCAAGGAAGCUGGCUAUGACAGAAGAAGGGAUCAGUGCAGGGGAUGAGGACACUGUAGUAAACAUCCCAGUCAGUUUUGAUGGCACAUGGUCCAGGAGAGGAUACACUGCCAACCAUGGAAUUGGUUUUGUCAUCUCAGCUGCUACUGGAAAGGUUUUGGAUUACGAAGUCAUUUCAAAGGUAUGCAACACUUGCAUACAAAAAAAAUCAUCUUUAAAUGAACAUGACUUUGAACAGUGGGCUGAAAACCAUACCUGUCUGGGUAGUUUUGGAGGCUCAAGUGCUAGCAUGGAGAUGGAAUCUGCAAAGCGUCUGUGGGGUAGGAGUCAAGACUACUCCAUUCGAUACAAAUUUAUGAUUUCCGAUGGAGACUCUAAGUCUUAUAGUGCCAUUUGGAACUACUAUGGGGCAUGUGACAUUUGUAAUCAAUAUGAAUCUUUAGAGUCAUCAAGUGAAGAAUACAAAACUUGGAAGGCAUCUGAAGAUUAUGUCAAGUGGGAAAAUGAACAUCUUGAUGGAUCUGUGGAUUGCAAUAGAGUAAUCAAACUUGAUUGUAUUGGACAUGUCCAGAAGAGGCUAGGAAAGGCUCUGUACGAAUUUCAAAGAACUGCUUUAAAACUAGAAGAUGGUAAGCCUGUGAAAGGAAGACAGGGUCGAUUAACAAAAACAGCAAUUGAGAAAAUGAAACGCUCUUCUGGGAAAGCUAUUCAAAAUAAUGUCAACAGAGACAAUAACUCUGUAGAGGAGCGAGAUGCUGCUGUCCAGGUUAUGCAGACUGAAAUUAUGGCUGGCUUGUACCACAGCUUGAAGUUACCAAACAAAGAAAGACACAAGUAUUGCCCAAACAAUUCUUGGUGCAGGUACAAGAAGAAAAUUCCUUGCCCUGAUAAGCCUCACCACCUAGAUCCGGUGUUUGAAAAGUAUUUGCAUCCUAUUUAUGAGAGGCUCAGUGAUCCUGCCCUUCUUUCACGCUGUCUUCCUGGGUUUACUCAAAAUGCAAAUGAGUCUAUCAAUUCAUUAGUGUGGAUUAGAUGCCCAAAACACAAAUGGCAUGGAAGGAAAAGAAUUCUUUUGGCAACAGCAUCAGCUACCCUUCAAGUUAGUGCAGGAGCAACAGCAAAGCAUGAGGUGAUGGCAAGGGCUGGGCUUGCUGUUGGGGGCCACACCAGGAAAGAGAGCACCAGAAGAGACUCUGAGCGAAUCAAAAAGGCUGAAAAAAGGAUCCAGGAUCAACAUAAGAAAUACAGAAGACAAGCAAAACAAAGAGAUGAGGAGCAGCGGAGAGAAAAAGAGGGCACAACAUACAGUGCUGGUGCUUUCAAAUAA